AUGUCUGCAGCGAGAGCGGCUGUGAGAGUGUUCGAGGAGCAGGUAUCUUCUGCGAGACGCAUACCUGUCGUCGGGGAGGAUGUACCGAUGGCCAUGGCGGCUUUCUAUUCUGUCAGAGACAUAGGUGUGUUUCACGGGGCUGUAGUGCCGAAGCUAUGUUCGAUGGUUUAUGUUCAGGGUGUACGGGAGUGCGAGUUCAACCAACAUUUCGAGAAGACCUUUGCAGGAACUCUGCCCCGAGUCUUGACCCCCCUGGACAGGGAACACAUUUCUGCACCAAAAAUCUUUGCCAGCUUCGAUCGUGUGGUAAUGGGCGUGAAGUGUCGUUUGAUUGCUAUGGGAUGCAUGGGUGCGGUUAUGGUGUUUGUCAUAGGCCCCAACAUCAUUGUGGACAAGAACUUGAAUAUUCAGGGUAUCAUUGACUGGGAAUUUUCGAGUACCAUUCCCCGGCAAUUGUUCACGCCGCCAUCCUGGAUUACCGCGCAUGAUUCGAUCAAGACACCAAAGGAAAUGCAUGUCGAAUUCCGCCAAGUUUUGGACGAGAAAAGCAGCACAGAUAGCCGAUAUGACCGGCUUCGAAGAGAGUGGUAUGAUCCACCAAACCGCCCAGAUACAUCAGGCAUUGGUCAUCCAAACUUGGCAUUCUGCAUUGCCCAUCUCAUACGACGGCCCGAGGAUGCUGUUUACACAUUCCACGAUUAUUUUGCUCCCAAGCUCUACGAACGGCCUAUUAUGGAUGUAACUACUAAAUUCUUGAAAGCGAACGAAGCUUGUGCCUCGGAAGUGCGGCGUCGGGUGGAGCAAAAUGAGCUCUAUACUCAAUACCUGAAGGAUACUGGGCUAUACGUGCGAGACUGGAGGUUGGAUCUGAUUGAAAAGUCAAAGGCUCUCAGGGCGGAAAUAGAGGCGGCAGAAUUGAAGGAAAAGAUGGAACUUGAGGCCGCACAGCAAGGCGAGCGCAUCGGCAACUUGAAGAUUGAUGAGACGGAAACCCUGAAUGGAGACCAAUCGGUUUGA